AUGGUCAACGGAAUCAUUAUCGAAAGCCAAUUCGCUCUCCACCAUAUUCAUAACACAGAACAGUUAGGUUUCGACUGCCGUGCGUAUUCGAAGUAUAAAUAUGGUGAUGCUACUCGGGCAGCUGAAUUCGGAAGAGCUCUUUGUGAUGGAUUUGUCAAAAAAUAUAGCGAUUUGUUAUUAACAUGUAACCGUCAGUUUAUGGGUAUUUCAUCGCCAAAGGGUUUAGUUCCACCUGCUGCAUAUUACAUGUUUCAAUCAUUUUUAAAUGAGUUGAAUCUCUAUUUGACUGCAAACGGACGUCCAGCAGCAGUAGAACACAAUAUAAAGCGUGUAAGUACGAUGAGUGCAGAUUACUCACAACUGGAAACAGAUCAACGUUUUGCUCAUUUGACAAAAGAAGGCUAUUCAAUUGAUAAGAAACCACUCGAAGGAAAAUUCCUUCUCAUCAUUGACGAUAUUCGUAUUACCGGUUCGCAUGAAAAAAUUAUAGUUCAACUGCUCAAAUCUUUGUCUAUUGAAAAUCCACGUAUUUUUCUUUACUUUGCUCAAUUAUUAAAUCCAGAGGUUGCAGCCACUUUUGAACACGAACUAAAUACUUGUGCUGUGUCAUGUCUUGAUGAUAUUUAUUCCAUGUUACAAGACUCACAUUGUAACUUUGCAAUUAAUACACGACUUGUCAAAGGAAUUCUUCGAGCAGAUGAGAAGCAACUUGAUGCUUUUCUCGAACGUAUUGAUAUAAAACUAUUGAUUCAGUUGUAUGAAGCAUGCUUGGCUGCCAAUUAUCAUAAUAUAGAUGCAUUUUCAUCAAACUUUCAAAAGAUCAAAACGUGUUUUAAUGAAAAACAAAAAAAGAAUCCUAUCGAUUAA